AAAUUAAUUUAGGGACCAAAAAGUGCAUUUAGUGUAAUAAAAAAGAAAUGGGAAAAUAGUUUUCGUUGGGAAAUACCGAACAAAAUAGGGAGUUUUCUGUGCUUUCUUUACUUAUCCUCUUCCUUCCUUCUCUUGAGAGAAGAGAAGAGAAAAACAGAGUAGUUACAGUUUUGCUAAGACGACGUCGUCUUGCGCACUUUCAACACACAAUUCUCUCUCUACAUUAUCAUCACACUUCCGAUGGCUAUGAGCGGUUUAAUUUCCAAUCGCAACUUCACUUCUUUCGUUCCCUCAGGGAAUUCGUAUAAAUCACAAAAGGAUCGGUCACUUCAAAGAGGGGGAAUUUCUGUUUCUGGUGUAUCGGUAACACGGUAUGGUGGCCGGAUCGGAAAGGAUCAUCUUUCAAGAUGUCAGAAUGCAAUGCAAUCUCAUAUUGAUUCCACUUUGGAAGAGAAAGUUCCAAAGCAAAUACAAACAUUUUAUAGCAAAAGGGAGCAUUUUUUUCCGGUAUCACGACAAUUCAGCCGCCGCUCGGACUUCAAAUUAAAGGCUUGCAAAAAAAGUCAGUCUUCUUACCUUUCUUCAGCUCCCUUUAGCAGUAGCAAUGUUGAACAGUUUGGUUUGAGCAAAAGAAAGCAUCCACAACGGGAGGUUGGUAAAGCAAAUAAGUUUCGUGUUAGUUACAAGUCUGAGGAGUAUGACAUUGCCAAACCGAAGAUAGAUAGACUGCAAUCUUCUGAAGGGACUGGUGAAGCCAUUCUUCUUGAAGGAAAUCUGCAUCAAAUAUCUCCUUGGUGGCAGCAGUUUCCUAAGCGCUGGGUUAUUGUACUGCUAUGUUUUACAGCAUUUCUGCUUUGUAAUAUGGAUCGUGUAAAUAUGAGCAUAGCAAUACUUCCAAUGUCUCAAGAGUUCAACUGGAACAGUGCAACAGUCGGCCUCAUUCAGUCCUCUUUUUUCUGGGGUUAUCUACUUACUCAGAUUGUUGGUGGCAUUUGGGCAGACAAAGUUGGUGGGAAGCUAGUACUAGGUUUUGGAGUUGUAUGGUGGUCAAUUGCUACCAUUUUAACUCCUAUUGCCGCAAAACUUGGCCUGCCGUAUCUGCUUGUUAUGCGUGCCUUUAUGGGAAUUGGCGAGGGGGUUGCCAUGCCUGCAAUGAAUAAUAUACUUUCCAAGUGGGUUCCAGUAUCAGAGAGGAGCAGAUCACUUGCGCUAGUAUAUAGUGGAAUGUACCUCGGUUCUGUAACAGGCUUGGCAUUCUCACCUUUUCUAAUCCACAAAUUUGGGUGGCCAUCUGUGUUUUACUCAUUUGGAUCACUUGGAAGUAUCUGGUUCGCCCUGUGGUUGAGAAAGGCAUACAGCACGCCAAAAGAAGAUCCAGAUCUUGGGGUGGAGGAGAAAAGGCUUAUACUCGGAGGCAGCGUAUCAAAAGAACCUGUGUCAGUUAUUCCUUGGAAAUUGAUUUUAUCAAAACCACCUGUUUGGGCUUUAAUAGUCUCUCACUUCUGCCACAAUUGGGGGACAUUUAUUCUAUUAACCUGGAUGCCUACAUACUACAAUCAGGUUUUGAAGUUCAACCUCACGGAGUCUGGGCUUUUAUGUGUCCUUCCAUGGUUAACCAUGGCCAUUUUUGCAAAUAUAGGAGGUUGGAUUGCUGACACACUUGUGAGCAAAGGUCUUUCCAUAACAACUGUUCGGAAGAUCAUGCAAUCGAUCGGGUUUCUGGGUCCUGCAUUUUUUCUAACACUACUAAGCCAUGUCAGAACACCCGCCAUGGCAGUACUGUGCAUGUCUUGCAGUCAGGGAUGUGAUGCAUUCUCACAAUCUGGUCUAUAUUCCAAUCACCAAGACAUUGGACCACGAUAUGCUGGAGUGUUGCUGGGACUAUCGAAUACCGCAGGAGUGCUUGCUGGCGUCUUUGGUACCGCUGCGACUGGAUACAUACUCCAACGAGGUUCAUGGAAUGAUGUAUUCAAAGUCUCUGUUGUAUUGUACAUAAUUGGCACUUUGGUCUGGAAUAUCUUUUCGACUGGUGAGAAAAUUCUAGACUAAAGAAUCUUAUAAUGUCAAGGAAGGUAUAAGGCUAUACACGCCAUAGAGAGAUUACAAAGAGGGAAACGAAAAGAUGGAACAAAAAUCAGAGGCCAAAUAUGUUAAGCACUUGGAAACAUAAAAGCACCUUGCAGAAAUAGAAGAGAACCACUAUCAAUUUUUUUGAUGAUCCACUAGCUAGGCCUUUAUAUUUUUACUAGAAAUCUUGGACUAACAUGCCUUGUCCCAUGAUCUAAAUUAAAUGCUUUUUGUAUAGAUAGUUUGUGGGUAGUUUCUGCCCUUAUAACCUCAUUCAAGCAUAUUUAUUUAUAUUUAUACUUAGAAUACUACAUGUUAUUUGACUUA